AUGGAUGAUCAUGGAAAUAUAUAUAAUAGAUAUAAUAGGAAAUAUAUUUUAAUCAUAUCUAAUGUUGAUGAAUUAAAUAUAUUAAAUUUCAACAUUCAAAGUUAAAGAAUAGAAGCAUAGAUAAAUUAUGAAUUUAAAUUCGACAACAUUUAAAAAUCAUUAUAAAUAGCAAGUGCUAAUCUAAAUCUUAUAAAUUACUACACACUUCAAAUAUUAAUCGAAUCCUAAAAAUAUAUUUUAAUAAAAUAAAUAAAUUUCUUUUUUUUAAUAUCAAAAUUCGUAUUGGAAAGCAGCAUUUAAUUUUAAUCUGAAAAUAUCUAGAUUAAUAAUUUUGAUUUUGAUAUUUUAUAUGAAAAUAAUAUAGAUAAAGAUUCACCUUUAAUCAAUUUUAUUGUUAAUAAUCUUGCUAUCGAAACUUUAAACAUUAUUAAAAUAAUUAACUUAAGAAAACCUUUAUUGUAAGUAUGUAACUUAAGUUAAAAUGAUGAUGAAUAUAUGUAAGUAACUGUAGAUUCUGUUAUUUUACAAUAAAUUAUUUAAAAUUAAAUUCCAACUUCUGCGUCUUCUUAAGAUGUCCAAAGUAAUAUAUAUAUCCACCCAUUUACAUUUAAUUUCUUUAAUUAAUUUUCUAUUUAAAAAAAAUAAGAUCAAUCGUUUGCUUUCUUUGACUUUAGGCGUGAUACAUAAUAACCUUUUAAACAAAAGAUUUUAUUCAAUAGGAUAGAAUUUUUUACUUAUUAGGUAUACAAUGCUUUGUUCAUAGAUUGUUAAAAUUUCGAAAUAAUUAUAAUAGAUUAAUUAAUUUUUCAUGAAAAUGCAUACAGCAGUGGCAUUAAUAUCUGGAAUUCGUAAGGUAUGUUUUACUUUGAUGGCAGCUCCUUUGAUUAUUCUGAAUUAUAAAUAAAUAAUAUUGAUCUUCGUCAAAUCAAUUUUAUUAGCAGCUCGAACGGUAUAUUUUAUACAAAUAAAUUUACAAAAGUAUCAAUUAAUAAUACAACUCUUUCUUCUUCUUAGAACUUUUAGUCUUCUUAAGGUACUCUUUUUACCUUUCUAAAAACAAAUCAAAUCAAUAUUUUCAACCUUUCAGCAACUAUCUAUCCUUCUUGUUAGUUCUAAAGCUUGUAUGGAGGUUUGAUUUUUAUGGACAACUUAGUGUUAGCAAGCAUUUCUAAUCUUAAAUUUAACUAUUUAGAAUAGUUUAAAGAAGUAGUAUAACAUAUAGGUCUCUAAGGAGGUAUUAUUUAUACAAAUAAUGCUAAGAAAGUUAUCUUUUAAAGUAUCAAAGCCUAUGGAGCAUUCAGUUCGUCUGCAGAUGGAGCUUUUGCCUAUAUAAUAAGCUUGAGUUUAGAAUUAUAGGAUAUUAUAAUAACUAAAUUCACUUCUUAAAAAAGUGGUGGUGCAUUUUUUAUCAGAAGUAAAGCUAGUUUAUAUGAUGUAAAUUUAAUAGAAAAUAAAAGUUAUUUUACAGGAGGAGCUCUGCAUAUUUAGGAAUUACUUGAAGCUUAAAAUGUUUUAAUUGAAAAAAAUGAAUCACUAUUUGGAGGAGGAAUUUAUUUUUCAGAAUAUUAUUUACCUUAAAAUAUUACUUUUAAGAAUAAUAUAGGAUUAAUCAGGGGAAACGAUUAUAGCUAUUAUAUAUUAGAAAUUAGAUUAAUGUAAUUAUUUGAAUACAAUAGUUAAUUAUAUCCACCUUAUUAAGUUAAAAACUAUUAAAUGAAAGAAAUAGAAUAUUAUUCAUAUUACACAGAUUUUGUUUUCAAUACUUUUACAUACUUUGUCACUAUAAAAUUUAGAAUGUAUGGUGAAAAUGAAUGGAUUGAAUAUAUUAAUAAUGAUUAAAUAAUGUAUAAUGGUUAUAAUGAUUUAACGUCUAUCUUAUACUGCAAUCAAUAGCUAAAUAAUAAAGAGAUCAUUAUAAAAUAAAAUAUUUCUCAAAAUUUAAAUUAAUUUUUUUACUCUUUUUCAGUUUAAUUAAAAUCUAAAACAAAUGAAUUUUUUGGUUAAUGCAGUACUUAUGGCAAUAUUUAUUUUUCUUUAACUUCUAAAAUCAAUGAUAACUGUUCUAACGGAAUGAUUUAAUAGACUCUUUAAAGCAUACCUUAUUGCUAAUAUUGCAUAGACUCAGUAGUUUUUAAUACCUAAGCAAAUAAUCCAUCUGCAAAGUGCUUGUCUUGUUCAAGGGAGUAUUUUGAUUUGUGUUAAGCAGAUUAUUCUUCUCUAAAAUAAGGAUUUUGGAGACAAAAUCCUACAGUUGAUUCUUCUCAAAUAUUUGCCUGUUCUAUUAAUAAAUUUAAUUGCCUGGGAGGUAACUUCACAGGUAAUUAGCUAUGUGCCAAAGGACAUAUUGGAGUUGAAUGUUAAGAAUGUGAUCUUAACAAUGUAAGGGGAGAUGGUAAAUUUACAAGAAAGAAUAUUUAUUAGUGCUCUGAAUGUGAUCUUAUUUCUUAUAAUAUUAUCAGAAUAAUUUUCUUAGUAUUAGCUAUUUUUGUUGUAAUUUUGAUUAUCUUCAAAACAAAUUAUAGAUAACAAAAGAAUUUUAUUUAUAUGAAAUACCUUUCAGAUAUGAAAAUGCUCUAUCUUGGUAAAUCAUAUUAUAGAUUAGGUUAAAGUGGCUCUUAUAUUAAAAUUCUCUCCUUUUACUUUCAAAUUAUCAACAUUUCCUCAUAACUUUAUGGAACUUAGUCUUGGAUCAAUGUUUUUAGUUUCCAGCAAAGCUUUUAUAACCCAAUUACUGACUCUGCCUUUUCUUUAGAUUGCUUUUUGUCAAGCUUCACAAAUAAUUCUAAUUCUGUUACUUACUAAAAAAUAGUAAUUCUCACAAUAGCUCCAUUUAUUUUUGUAGCUUUAUCCUUAAUUCCUAGUAUUUUCUAGCUAUUUAAAUCUAAAUACAAAAGAUUUUAAUAUUCUGCUUCUCUUAUUAUUUCAUAUGGAUUCACUAACUUAUUUAUCAUACCUGUAAUAGAUGUAUUGAUUUCAGGUAUGCUUUGUAAAACAUUUUAUAAUGGAGAAUCUUAUUCUAUUCUUGAUUUUAAUACUAAUUGCAAUGAUAGUGAUAGAUUGGUGUUCAUAUUUGCUUUUAUUAUCCCGUUUCUUUUGAUUUAUUCAAUUAUUAUCCCAGGAGUUCUCUUUUACUAUUUGUAUAAAAACCGUGAUAAUCUUGAUAAAAUUAGCUGUCGCUUUUUGCUUGGAUUCUUGUAUGCGGAUUAUCGUAAAAAGUAUUUUUAUUGGGAGUAUAUCCGACUAGCAAUUAAAUUUACUCUUAUAGUAGCUGCCUAUGGGUUUUUAUCAUCUCCUCUUUUACUCGGUUUUGUCUCGCUAGCUAUAUUGAUACUUUAUUUGAUAUUUUUAGUAAAGAAACAACCAUAUAUUACAAGAAAACUAAAUGAAAUUGAAGUAAAAUCAAUAGUAAUUGGUUGUUAAUAUUUAAUUGCCUAUAUGAUUAGCUUUUCUUUAUAUUAACAAGAAAUAGCUUACAAAAACAGUUUUGAUUAAUACAACCUAAUAUCAACCAUUUUACUUUUUUUAUAUAAUCUGAUAUCCAUUUUAUUUAUUGCGUAUAUGGCUGGAUAAAUUUUUGUAUCAAUGCUUUAUCCUCAUAUUUACAAGCUGAAAAAAUUUAGAUGCUUUAAUUUUUUACUAAAAUAUUUAAAAGUGCUAAGAUUUAAAUAAUAUACAGAAAAUAAAAGGAAAAAUCUCAUCAAGUUAAGAAAUCUUGCAAAAUAAAUUGUUUAAAAUAAUUUUAGUGAUUUUAUAUUUUUUAAUUAAAAUGAAAUUAGAAGUUAGCAAGAUAGAGAAUUAGUUUCAUUAAAUUAUGAUUAAAAAGCCUGA